AAGAAGAAGAAGAAGAAGAAGAAGAAGAAGAAGAAGAAGAAGAAGAAAAAAAAAAAAAAAAAAAAAGAGAGUAGUUUUUCUUACAAGAACUUUCGUCAGUUGAUGAAUGAUGAUUUACUUUUAUUUUGUGGAAACUGGGCUUUUAUUCUAAAGGGAUCUCACCGGAACUAGGAGUGACUGACACACCACCGGCGGUUACCUUUGUUGGAGGUUUCAUGAGAGCAAACUUCUGGUUUAGGGGGAAAUGGCAGAGGUUCAAGAUCAAAACAAAGACUGCAGGGGCUUUAAAAAGUCACGUCAAGCAACAGCCCACCAUUCCACCAAAGCCAAGAAAUGCAGCACUGCGGCUGAGAGGACCAGAUGCAUAUCAAAUCAGAGACCUCGGGUGAACAUUGGAUUGGCUUUUAAAAGCUGGCGGGAUUUGAAAUCAGCAAAAGGAUUCAAAACUGAUACGGAUGUGGCCCUGUGUCUCCUGGAUAAAAUGAAGCGAUCCAGGUCCACUUCCACUUCCUCGGGAGACGCUGACAAAAUGAUGAAGGUCUCCCUGUCUGAGAUGAAAGCUCUGAUCAAGCAGGAGGUUCGCAAUGAAGCCAAAAGGAAUGAAAACAAGCUGAAGGUUUUAAUAGAGACUAGUCUGGAUCUGUCAGUCGACUACGAAAAAACCAUCCAGAAACUGGAGGCUCGAAUCAACACGUUGACGAAGCGAGCAGAAGGAGCUCUCGUCCACAUGACAAAUUUAUUCAAAAAGAGUCCACAGCAACCUCCUGAUGAAAAUGACGUCAUCAGGAUAGAUUCGGGGGAUGAACCGAUGGAAACCAUGUCACAGACAGAUGUAAGGGAUUGCACCGAGACCAUUGGGGAGUUCUUUCAAGAGAUGAAAACCAGUGAAAACGCCUUGAAGAAGAUACGUUCAGAUAAUGAAGAUUUGAAGGCUGCCUUGGCAACUCCUUGCGCUGUCACUGCUAAUGAGUCUCAGGGGAAUGUCAGGAUCAUAGAGAAAGUGCCAGAAGCUGAGGAGCAAAGAGAAAAGAAGACUGACUGUCCCGAGAAGACAAAAGAAUGUGUCAGCCUGAACAAUAUUAACAUUCCUGAGGACUCAGAGCAGGACAAGCUCUCGUAUCCCCCUCUCCCCCCCGCUCCUUUCCCCUCCACCCUGAGCAUAGAAGCAGCCUCGUACAACAUUCCCCAGAGACUGGAUGUGCACUUGGCCCUCAUCAGGGAGCCUGCGGGCCUCUCCGUGCUCUGGAAGGUUGGGGUAGAAGACCCUCUUGCUCCGCCCAUGGAUAGUUACAGCGUCUACAUCGCUGUCGAGAGGCAGAAGGGCAGCAGCUACUUCCCAAAGUGGAUUUUUCUCGGUGAACUGAAGGCCAUCCAGCUGCCCAUGUGCGUGAUGAUCAAAAAGUACAAACCUGGCCACAAGGUGUGUGUCAUCGUGGUGGGCAAAGACAAGUUUGGCCGGUACGGGUCCUACAGUGAAGUUGUGACCGCAGCCAUACCUGAAUAGUGAGGAGGAGGAUGUGGUUCCUGGAAAGAGCCAGUAAAACCAGGAUUUAGCCACAUUCAUGUUUUGUCAGUGUUAAUUUGUUCACUCAAUUUUGAGCAGUUUUAUUUGUGAUAAAUCUUUUGUAAUUGCACCAAAAUGUUUAUUUGAAUGUUUACACUGUCCGGGGAGCCCCCAGCGACUGGUUGAAUAAGGCAACACACGUGUAAGAAGCUGCUCAACACAUUUCUUUGUCUGUUUGUUUACCUGAAACCCAGAAGAGUAUUUAUAUUAGUGUUCUCUGUUUACCUCCACCAAACCACAGAGAAGUGUGAUACUUCUUACCUUGGUAAUAGCAUUACUAAGAUCAACCACUGUCCGUUGAGCCGUCACAUAAACAGUUACAUGUACUUUAAAUAUUGUUGAAUGUUUGAAUAAGGCAAUAAAGUUAUUUUUUUCUCUUUCUAAAAA